GAGGAGCCGAAGACCACAGCUCAGCUCGGACGGCGCCCUAGGGCCGCACAGAGGGUCGGGCAGUGCCGGAGAGAGGUUUGAAAGCGCCGCCGCCAACUCGACAGCGCGUCCCAGCGCCUUGAGCUCGCUUCCUCCUGCUCUCAGGAAAAACUGAGGAAACGCGCCUGGUUCCAGGGGUCGGCGGGGACCGUGGAGACGCUGCCAGCAUCCUCAACAGCUUGGAAAUCCCAUCACCUUGGUUCCCUGAGACUUGGAGGACUAGUAGGAACUGACAGCUGGCUGACAGAAAACUUAUCCAGGGAGAGAAGAGACAAAAGUGAAGUGUGAAAUUUUGAAUAAUGUUUUCAGAUUCCACUGAUGUUUACAAAAUGAGAAGAAGCAUAGCAUCUUAGAAAUAUGAGAUCCUUAAAAAAACAACAUUUCCAAUAUUUUAUCUGUUAUUUUAAAUAGGCUAUGGAUUGGAGACAUGAUAAACAUUUCAAAAAGCUAAUUCUGAGAUAAACAUUUUAAAAAGAAGAAUGCAGUGAGUGUGAAGACAAAACAAGAAAGUCUUUCUCUAGACAGUGUCUGAUUUCAUUACCACAUCCCCAUGGAAUGCAUGUUCUAUGAUUGUCAUUCCACACAUGAGGAACUCAAGACUCCUAGAGGCUGAGAGACUUGAUCAGGGCACAUAGCCAAUAAGUGUGAGAGUCACGAUUGACACCUGUCAGAUGCCUGAACUUUCUGCAGUUGAACUAUUAUCUGUAUCGAAGGUACAACUGAAUUUGGGGAUUGCUUAUAGUCUAGACAUAACAAAGGGAUUGACUGGAUGUUAGUAUGCUAUCAGCACUCAGUGUCCAAUCAGGAUGCUCCAAGGAGGAAAGAAUGUUCUAGGCAAGAGAAGUGGUCUUCGUCAAAAGUAAAGUUCAAUUCUAUGAAAAGGAAAUAUGUCAGACAUAAAUAUCAGUGUUUUUGAUGUACAAAUGGAGAAGGCAAGAUAAAAGAACCCCUGGAAAAGGAAGAAGGGCUAAAGAGAAGGGGAUUCUUCCAUUCAGGCACUGAUUACAGAAAGAACCUGAACAUGUAUUGUACAUUUGGAGAAUAAAGUAUCUGACACCUUUUUUCUCUGACAAGUUUAAUGUUUAGGCAAUUUCAAAAGUUCUCUACUAAAUGUUAAAAAGUGAGCAAACAGGCUGGGCGCAGUGGCGCACGCCUGUAAUCCCAGCACUUUGGGAGGCUGAGGCAGGCAGAUCACCUGAGGUUGGGAAUUCGGGAUCAGCCUGACCGACAUGAAGAAACCCCAUCUCUACUAAAAAUACAAAAUUAGCUGGGUGUGGUGGCACACGCCUGUAAUCCCAGCUACUCUGGAGGCUGAGGCAGGAGAAUCACUUGAACCCAGGAGGCGCAGGUUACAGUGAGCCGAGAUUGUGCCAUUGCACUCCAGCCUGAGCAACAACAGCGAAACACCAUCUCAAAAAAAAAAAAAAAAAAAAGAAGUGAGCAAACAAAGAGGGUUUUAAAAGUCUUUAUAAUGAGGAAAGAGUCAACCUCAUGGGGUUGGUUUUGCUGGACACUCCCCCAGUCCUCAGAGGAGAGGGUCUGCCUAUGUCCACAUUGCAGGUGGAUUAGGCAGCGAGCUGGUUCCACUGCUCAACUUCUCUGAGACCCUGGAGCCCACAGCACCCUCUUUUUCCACAAGACUGUGAUGGGGCCACUGUCCUCCUUAGGCAUGGCCGUCGCCAGCAUAGUACCAGCUCCUCGUCUUCUCCCAGAACCUCCUGACACCAACCUUGGUGAAAGAAAAGCUGUGACAGUAAGUGCUCAGGUUUAGUGUUGUGGAGAAAGGCCUUUACUUGAGGAUGGCUGAAAAGUAGAAAGUCUUGGCUGGGCAUGGCGGCUCACACCUGUAACCCCAACAUUUUGGGAGGCUGAGGUGGGAGGAUCGUUUGAGGCCAGGAGAUCAAGACCAGCCUGGACAAUAUAGCAAGAACCUGUGCCAAAAAAUAAAAUAAAAUAUUUUAAAAAAUGUUUUAAGUAAAAUACCUUCCCCUAAAGAUUCUGCUAAGACUUUAAAAACUAAAAACAAGAUUGACCUAAACACUAGAAACUAUAAGAGAGUAUAAUAUUGAAAUCUGGUAUCUGGCAACUUGUUCUCAUUUGAAUAUCUGCUUCUCAAAUGCUACUUUUGGUCAAAUAAUUUUUUUAAAUGACUGAUACUGUAUAGCAAUUGAAUUGCAAUUACUAAGUAGUUUCUAUAUUUGAUAUUACAUUCCAGCUCAUUUUUCUACAUUUCUAUGAUCUAUUAAGCCCAUUUAUAUAUGAAAAAUGCUUUUAAAAUGAUCCUUUUGUGAUCACUGUCUCAUGUGAGCUCUUUUCAGAUGCUUUGCAUUCAGAAUAGACCUCUGAGUUGGGACCCAAGCUGUCAACUGAUCCCAAAUUCCUAAGUUCCUGACUUGCAGGUAUUGAUUUCUAACCUCCGAAGAUGGAUGAAGGUAUGGAAAUUUCAAGUGAAGGAAAUUCCUUGAUCAAAGCAGUCCAUCAGAGCCGGCUUCGCCUCACAAGACUUUUGCUAGAAGGCGGUGCUUACAUUAAUGAGAGCAACGACCGUGGGGAAACCCCUUUAAUGAUCGCUUGUAAGACCAAACAUGUCGAUCACCAGAGUGUCAGUAAAGCCAAAAUGGUGAAAUACCUGUUAGAGAACAAUGCCGAUCCCAACAUACAGGACAAAUCUGGGAAAACGGCUCUGAUGCAUGCUUGCUUAGAAAAAGCUGGCCCUGAAGUUGUUUCCUUGCUCCUCAAGAGUGGGGCUGACCUCAGCUUGCAAGACCAUUCUAGUUACUCAGCUCUUGUUUAUGCUAUAAAUUCAGAAGAUACAGAGACCCUGAAAGUUCUUCUUAGUGCUUGCAAGGCAAAAGGGAAAGAGGUCAUCAUCAUCAAAACAGCAAAGUCGCCCUGUGGGAAGCAUACUACUAAACAGUACUUCAAUAUGCCUCCUGUGGAUAAAGAUGGGUGUCAUUCCCCAGCUACCUGCACCACUCCUUCAGAAAUAGACAUCAAAACUGCCUCAUCGCCACUUUCACAUUCUUCUGAAACGGAACUGACGCUUUUUGGCUUUAAAGAUCUUGAGCUCGCUGGAAGCAAUGAUGAUACCUGGGACCCAGGUUCCCCUGUGAGGAAACCUGCAUUGGCCCCUAAGGGGCCCAAGCUCCCCCACGCUCCACCCUGGGUCAAGAGUCCGCCAUCAUUAAUGCACCAGAACAGAGUGGCUUCAUUGCAAGAGGAGCUCCAGGAUAUUACACCAGAGGAAGAAUUAUCCUAUAAAACCAAUGGGCUGGCACUUUCCAAGCGGUUCAUCACUAGGCACCAAAGCAUUGAUGUAAAAGACACUGCACAUUUGCUAAGAGCCUUUGAUCAGGCCAGCUCAAGGAAGAUGUCAUAUGAUGAAAUAAAUUGUCAAUCUUAUCUUUCAGAAGGAAAUCAGCAAUGCAUUGAAGUCCCUGUUGACCAGGACCCAGAUUCUAACCAGACGAUAUUUGCUUCCACCUUAAGAAGUAUAGUUCAAAAAAGAAACUUGGGGGCAAAUCACUACAGCUCUGAUUCCCAGCUCUCAGCUGGCCUUACCCCUCCAACUUUAGAAGAUGGCAAAGCACUUAUAGGAAAGAAAAAGAUCCUCUCACCAUCUCCUUCCCAAUUGUCAGAGUCCAAAGAAUUGUUGGAGAAUAUCCCCCCAGGUCCCCUGAGCAGGAGAAAUCAUGCAGUUUUAGAAAGGCGAGGUUCAGGAGCUUUCCCUUUAGAUCACAGUGCUACCCAAACCAGACAAGGGUUUCUCCCACCCUUAAAUGUAAAUUCUCACCCUCCCAUCUCAGAUAUCAAUGUCAGCAACAAGAUUUGCAGCCUUCUUUCUUGUGGUCAAAAAGUGCUUAUGCCAACAGUUCCAAUUUUCCCUAAAGAAUUCAAAAGUAAGAAAAUGUUGUUAAGGAGACAAUCAUUGCAAACUGAACAAAUUAAGCAAUUAGUAAACUUCUAGGAGAUGGGUAUAAAACACAUUUUCUUCAAAUGUUUAUAUCAGAGAAACAAAGAACUGGAGAAGAAAUCUUAAAUGUUCAUUCUUUUAAAUCUCGUGAUUGGUUAGUCCAUAAUGGCUAGAUGGAUUAAAAUGUAAUGUGAUUUGUACUAGGCGUCAUGAGCAUAAAAAAUAAUACAUAGUUUCUGUUAAGGGAAUUCUCUCAAACAAAAGGAAAGCUAUUUUUCUCAAUGCUUCUAAUAUUUAACAAUCUCCGUGUAGUCCAAAUUUGUCAUUAAAAAAAAAAAUCAGCAAAGAAAGAAGGCCACGUAUGUUGGGGUAAUUUUUUAAAAUUUUCAGAUUGGCUAAAUAUUUUAUUAGGAAACAGUUUUCAAGUCAAUAAUUUUUUUAACAUUUCAUGUUAAUAAAUGAGAUUGAAAUUUUUUAUGAUCUCCAAACCAUAAAAGAAAACACUGACAGCUAUAAAAUGUUCUAAGAUAAAAAAACUCGAGCUACAAAGAAAGAAUGAACUAAUUCUUUACAAAUGUUGACUGAAGAUAGAUAAAACUCUAAUUAAAAAUUUAAAAGGUUAAACACUGUAUUAGAAUGGGCAACUAAAAUAUUCGUGGUGUCAGUUUAAUUAGUGUCAAACUGGCAAGUCAGAGUUUUACAACCUACUAGUAAUCUAUGCCGGGUCUUGUUGUUUGUGCACUGUGUUUUGCUUUGCUUUGUUUUGGUUUUUAAACAGACUUACCUGUAAAGUUAUCUUACGGAAUUAUUCUUUCUCCAUAUCUUUUAAGGAAUUAUUCUUUCUCCAUAUCUUUUAAUUCCUGUUAUUAGUUUUGGAAGCUUAUCCAUAAGUUUCCAAAGACAAGAUGAUAUAAAAGUUAAAAAGCAUUCCUCUUUACUUAUAUCAAAUUAUUCUUGUCUUUCAAAAAGAACCAAAAAAAAAUUCAUCAUGGAUAAAAACUAAGCGCUUGCCUUCUUUUAAAAAGAAAAACUGAUGAUUAAAUUAGGUUAGCUAAAAUUAAUAGAGGCAGUAGAAACUUAAUCACAAAAUGUACUAAAUAUUUGGCAAUGUUAAACAAUGCCUUUUUAUUUCUGAUAUGUAGUUAUUAGACAUUUAUAUAUUAAGGAUAACUUCCUUAGUGUGACAUUCCAAUCAUUUAGUAUUUUAGGACCUGUGAAUAACUUCCAACAAAAUUAAUGAAUACCAUAUUAGUAUUAUAAAAUAUUAUAAAGUAAUAAUUAUAUCAUCUAUAUAACUUCAAAGUAUGAUGUUUAUACAAAGAAUCCUUAUUUCAGUCUAGCAGCUUAACAACAAAGGAUAAAUCAGACUAUACAAAACCUAAGUGUAUUAAUUUGAUGAUUGUCACGUACAACUUUCUUUGCCUUCCUAGUAGAGGUGAUCCUAACAAUUGGCAUGAUGCUUUUCUUGGUAAUUUGAUAUAAGCAAGUUGUAAUGUACAUAGUAAUUAUUUAAUUACUUGUGGCUUUUAUUUUAAAAAGUAAUUAGAGGUUUUUCCAUUUCAUGUCUUGAACAACAUUAAUAUUAAUUACACUAGAAGUAUUUUUUGAUUCAGAACUUAGAAUUGUACCUGAUAUUUAUAGGUAUUUAAAUGCUUUCUGCAAGUUUAAUAUUGAGAAAAGUACUUGACUUCAAGUUGUAAGGAUACAAUUUGGAAGGGUAUGUAAAUAGAUUAGUUCAUAAACAAAAUGGUAUCAAUAAAGAUUUUA